AUGUUAGGAAAUAAUCUCUCCAGUUGGUAUCACGAUGUUGAAGAACUUGAAACAGUUGAGGCUCCGCUUGUAGUAUGUGUCUGCGAAACUUCCAAGGCAUUAAAACUGUAUCAAAGAGUGCAACAUACUGCAUGCUUUAUAAUCAUAGAUCCCUUCUUGGAUCUAAACAAGUUGAAUAGCGAUGAAGUUGAGGUUCUGUUGCGAUUUCAAGAAGAAAAUGAUAUACUCUGGAACAAAAUAGACGGCUGCUUUUCAUCGACUUCAGUGGUGAACAGAAGUUUGAACGAGGUACUUUUUCCACUAGUGAGACUUAUGGAGAUGAACAACUGGCACUUAAACAUUGUCGGACAAGAUCAAACGGGGUUGCUGGCUGCUUUCAUCUGUACUAUGGUCUACUUUAAAAUGAAUGUUUCACAAAACAUGAAACUCACUGGAGUGGAUAAAAAUGAUAUUGACAUUCCGAUGGCAACUUCAUUUUGGAUGCAAUGGAACUCAUACAAGAAUUACUCUCCUAAAUCAAUGAAGAGAAGAAUCGACUGUGUAUGA